AUUUUGAGAAAGAUGAUGAAAGGUUCAGUAUUUAUCUCUCUCAUUGCGCUGUUGGCUUUGGCUUGCUCCUUUGCUUCUGCCUAUGACCCCAGCCCUCUCCAAGAUUUCUGUGUGGGUGUGAAUGAUACCAAACUUGGAGUCUUUGUGAAUGGGAGAUUCUGCAAAGAUCCGAAACUUGUUAAAGCAGAAGACUUCUUCUUCCACAUUAAUGAAGGCAACACAUCAAAUCCAUUGGGCUCUCAAGUUACUCAAGUGUCUGUAGCUGAAUUUCCAGGACUUAAUACUCUUGGUAUCUCCCUUGCUCGUAUUGAUUAUGCUCCUUAUGGUUUGAAUCCUCCCCACACUCACCCUCGUGCCACUGAGGUAUUGUCCGUCCUUGAAGGAACUCUCAUGGUGGGAUUUGUGGCUUCCAAUCAAAAUGAUAAUCGCUUCUUCACCAAAGUACUCAACAAAGGAGAUGUGUUUAUAUUCCCCUUCGGUAUGAUUCACUUUCAGAUCAAUGUUGGCCAUGGAAAUGCUGUGGCACUUUCUAGUCUCAGUAGCCAAAAUCCAGGAGUCAUUACUAUUGCUAGGGCUGUGUUUGGAUCCAAUCCUCUCAUUCCUAGUGACGUUCUCUCUAAAGCCUUUCAAGUCGACAAGAAAAUAAUUGCCCUUCUUCAACAGCAACAAGGGUCCAACAAUUACUAAACGGGCUAUAUAUUCUGUAAUAAAUAAAUGUGAUGCAUGCAGCUUUAUGUUGUAUCAAUACUCUUUCCUCAUGUAACUUCGUUUAUAUACCUUGGAAUAAAUACAUAAAUAAAUUGCUUUACACAUUGUGAUUAAUAAUUAA